CAUCGCAACAAUGUGGGAAAUACUGGAGUGGCCAGAAUCAUACCUUUACACCCCUCCAUACCAGACCUCGCACCUUCCACGGGCCACCAAAGCCAUGGGCAGGAAAACCCAAAAGACACCACUGAGCACAAACAAUGACACUCAGGAUAUAGGCGCAAUGCUACAGCUCCCAACAGUCACAAAGAUGGCGCCGGAGAAACCCGAGGGCCAGAGCGACCAUGAGGGACUUGCAUUAGGAUCUGGAAGUACUCAUGCAUAG